UCCCAAUAUCACUGUUGAUGCAACACCCAUAUAUCAUUGCCAGCUACCAACUCUCUGUGAAUGCUCACAAAUCACAAUUUAAGGUUUUACAACAAACCCUUUCACCUACCUAUCAAUAUCAUUGUCUCCCACUCCUAAAUUUUCUCUAUAAAACUCAUCUCCACCAUUUCAUCAAUGCAUCAAGUGCCAUUGCCAAUACAUAUCCUAUCAUUUCCAUUCCUUUCCAAUAUCAUCUAAACCUUCGGUAAACAAAAUGAAGAAGCAAUCUCUCUUGUCCUUCCCACUAGUACUGCUACUUUCAUUUUUGUAUUGCACCACCACUUUAGCCCAAUUAUCACCAGCUUCUGCUCCCCUAAAACCACCCCAACCUAGCCCUACCCCACCAGCUGAAGCUCCUAAGCAACCAUUGGUUCCUUCCUUACCACAAUCACCAAGUGAUUCAGCCCCGGACACUGCAGCUCUUGACGUAGUUGGAAUCCUGAGGAAGGCUAAGUCAUUCAACAUCUUAAUCCGUCUCAUGAAAACCACCCAAUUGAUCAACCAACUCAAUGCACAGCUCCUCACUACUAAAUCUGGUGGCAUCACCAUUCUCGCACCUGAUGAUAGUGCCUUCUCAGAACUCAAAGCAGGCUUCCUCAACUCUCUUUCUGAUGGACAAAAACUCGAGCUCUUACAAUUCCACGUUAUUUCAGACUAUGUAUCUAGUUCUAACUUUGAUACUCUUACAAAUCCUGUGAGAACACUUGCAGGAGCUAAACCUGGAAAGGUGGAACUGAAUGUGAUAAGCUACGGUGGGAGUGUGAACAUAUCAACAGGUGAGGUUAACACAACCAUCACUGGCAUUAUAUAUACGGAUAAACAUCUUGCUAUAUAUAAGGUGGGAAAGGUGCUUCUUCCAAUGGACUUCUUUGCUGUUGCUAAGGCACCUGCAAAGGGACCUUCAUUGGCUCCACAACCUUCAAGUGAUGCGGCAAAGGCGCCAAAAGCUGAUAAGGAUGAAUCAUCAUCUACGGAUUCGUCACAGGUUAAUGCCACUGAACAGAACUCAGGGACCGAGAAGAUCAACGUGUUUGGAAAGUGGGUGUCCCUUGUUGUUGGACUAGUUCUCGUGAGUGUAAUGACAACAUAAACCAGAAUAAGAUCUGAAUUUUCCAACGUCCUAGCUUGUAGCUACCAUGCUAUUAAUACCAAGAGUGUUACGAUGUGUUACGUAAUUGCGAUAAAGAAGUGAAAAUUAUUGAUGAAUUUAUCUAACU